AUGUUGGGUCCUGAAGGUGGUGGCAAAAAGAAGCCCCUGAAACUGCCCAAGAAGCAGGCUAAGGAGAUGGACGAGGAAGAUAAGGCUUUCAAGCAGAAACAAAAAGAGGAGCAGAAGAAACUCAAGAAGCUAAAAGCCAAGGCCGCGGGUAAGGGACCCCUGGCCACAGGUGAAAUUAAGAAAUCCGGCAAAAAGUAA